CCACGCACCACCCCCGUCACCACUCAUCCACUCGUCACGCACCACCUCGUUUUACAUCUCCCUCAUCAUCCUCUUUCCUCUCUUCUCCAUCCCCCCCCCUCACCCCCUCACCAUCAUCAUGCUCCGCACACAAGUCCGCGCACUCUCCGUGGCCUCAAAGGCCCUCCCCACCGUCACCCGCACGGCCACUCGCGGCUUUGCUUCGGUCCGCAGGUCCUCUCCCCCCCAGAUGGCGCGCGCCUUCGCAGUCCCCAUGACCCGCUCCUUCCACGCCACCUCGUUCGCAUCUGAGGUCGUUUCUGUGAAGGUUCCCCAGAUGGCCGAGUCGAUCACCGAGGGCACCUUGAAACAGUUCAACAAGCAGGUUGGCGACUUCAUCAAGGCGGAUGAGGAGCUUGCGUCGAUCGAGACCGACAAGAUUGACGUCUCGGUCAACGCUCCUCAGAGCGGCAAGAUCGUCGAGCUCCUUGUUGAGGAGGACGCAACUGUCGAGGUCGGCCAGGAGAUCGCCAAGAUUGAGCCUGGAGAGGACGAUGGAUCGUCGGGUGGCUCGUCGGCGCCGGCCGCCGAGGCUCCCAAGGAGGAGGCUAAGAAGGAGGAGUCGAAGCCCGAGCCUAAGAAGGAGGAGACCAAGGCCGCUGCGCCCAAGGAGGAGGCAAAGCCCGCCGCUCCCAAGCCCGCUGCGCCGAAGAAGGAGGAGUCGGCGCAGCAGGCCGAGUCCAAUGCUCUCUCGCGCAAGGAGACCCGCGUGAAGAUGUCGCGUAUGCGCCAGACCAUCGCGACCCGCCUCAAGGCAUCGCAGAACGCCGCUGCAUCGCUCACCACCUUCAACGAGAUUGACAUGUCGUCCAUCAUGGAGUUCCGCAAGCUCUACAAGGACGGCGUGCUCAAGAACGAGGGUGUCAAGCUCGGCUUCAUGAGCGCGUUCGCUCGCGCAUCGGUGCUCGCGCUGCGCGAGAUCCCCGAGGCCAACGCCUCGAUCGAGGACGACACCAUCGUCUACCGCGACUACGUCGACCUUUCGGUCGCCGUUGCCACCCCCAAGGGUCUCGUUACGCCCGUUGUGCGCAACGCCGAGUCUAUGGGCCUUGUCGACAUCGAGCGCGCUAUCGCCGACCUUGGCCGCAAGGCGCGCGAUGGCAAGCUCACCAUUGAGGACAUGGCUGGCGGUUCGUUCACCAUCUCGAACGGAGGCGUCUUCGGCUCGCUGUACGGCACCCCCAUCAUCAACCUCCCCCAGUGCGCCGUCCUCGGCAUGCACUCGAUCAAGGAGAAGCCGGUCGUUGUCAACGGCCAGAUUGUCAUCCGCCCCAUCAUGGUCGUUGCCCUCACCUACGACCACCGACUUCUCGACGGCCGGGAAGCUGUCACCUUCCUUGUCCGCGUCAAGGAGUACCUCGAGGACCCCCGCCGCAUGCUCCUCCCCUCGCCCGUGUAAACGAGUGUGUCAGUAGUGUAUGGAGCUAUGGAGACAAUAUGCAUCGAUUCAACCGGCG